ACUGUACGAUGGAACGACGGCACUACAUUUCUCAAAGCCCUCGAAUGAAAAGCUACGGAAUCAUAUCAGUAUCUUAUGACAGGUCCGACAUUUACGAGACGAACUAGAGAAUGACAGCGGAUGGCAGUUUUGCCUGGCAUGACUUGACCUGGCAUGCCCUAGCCAUUCUGCUUUUCUCUGCAUCGUGCAUGUUCGUCAGGCGUGCUACAACCUUUCCCCACGCGCCCUGGCUGCUCUGCCACGUAACCCACCCCUACCUCCGUACCCCUCUGCCUGUCUCGUCAACACGCGCUCUCAUCGGUGAGGCGCUCGUGGCGCGUCGCGUUCGGCAUCGUUCACCAGCCGUCCGCCCCAUCCCCAUCCCAUCCCAUCGUGCAUGAAAACCUGCUACUGCUGCGUUGAAAGGGUCAUGCAUACCAUAGCUGCAGCUCCCAGGAUAACAAGGUGCAAGGGGCCAGCAACGAGGGGACGUCAGACCAGGGGCUUGCUAGUAAAAUAUGUCAGCCAAGCAAGCACGCAGCAGGCAAACGUGUCCGAGGUCCUUUGCUCGAGCUCGUUCGCCAUCACUCGUUCCGGCCAGCAGACGCGGCGGGCGGUUCGACGCGGGAUUCUAUCUCGUCGGGAUGGCAUGCAUUGCCAAGCUGCAACUGUGUGUCUGGCGGGGUGUGAUUGGACGGGCGCUGUGGGGACAGGAGCGAGGGAUUUUGCGGCUCCUGGGACCGGGAGAGGGGGGGAGCAUGAGCAAAGGCAAAUGGUGAAU